UCUCUCUUGCACACACACUCACACAGAGGGAGGCUGAUAACUGUGAUUCCGCUGCUGAAUUUUUAACGCUGUUGUGGAACUUUUUUUUUUCCAGCCAGGGUUACUGUGGCACCGGGGUACUAUUACACUGACAAAGACAGGGAGACCGGGCUCAACUCUUUUCUGUUGUUUACUGAGGCUGCACUGACCCGGACCGUGCAUGGAAUGUAUGGCUAAUCCCGUCCUGAUGCUGUUACCAUAACAUUAUGACCCUUAACACUGAGAGAGAUAAGGAGCCUCUGCGGCGUCGUGGGAGCACACCAAUUUCUCCCCUCUAUCAGCAGCUAAGUGGGACUUGGGACCUUCGAAGAUCCCUGAGCACACAGCCGGAGUGUCCUGGUCCAACUCGCAGCCACCCUCCUUUAGGGCAGUCAGCAUCUUACCAUCCCGGGGACAAGUCCCUGCACUACCGCGCUCACUGGAGUUCUGACUCGGAUGACGACUCACAGAGUGAAUCAGAGUGUGUUUACAGAGUGGUGUUGCUUGGCGACCAUGGUGUCGGAAAGACCAGCCUUGCAGGCAUCUUUGCUGGAAUCACUGAGAAAGAUGAUCAACCUGGAGAGGACACAUAUGAGCGGACACUGAUGGUGGAUGGAGAGGAAACAACACUGAUUGUCAUGGACACAUGGGAGAGUGAUAAAUCGGAAAAAGGAGACCCAUCCUGUCACGAUGACUGCCUGAAGGUGGGGAGUGCUUAUGUUAUUGUUUACUCUGUCACCGACCGCUCAAGUUUUGAUUCAGCUGCUGAACUCCGCAUAACACUGAGGCGUGCACGACAAGCCGAAAAUCUUCCCAUCAUUCUCGUAGGAAACAAGAGUGACUUGGUCCGGGCCAGAGAGGUCGCUGUGGAAGAGGGCAGUGCUUGUGCGGUAGUGUUUGACUGUAAAUUCAUUGAGACGUCUGCAUCCCUGCAACAUAACGUGUCCGAACUGUUUGAGGGCGUGGUGCGACAGAUUCGUCUCCGUCGGGACAGCAAUGAGGUCACAAAGCACAGAAACUCAGUCUACAAACGUAAAGAGAGCCUCACAAAGAAGGCCCGCCGUUUCCUGGAUCGACUGGUGGCACGAAACAACCAGCGAAUGGCGGUUAAAGUGCGCUCCAAGAGCUGCCAUGAUCUAGCUGUCCUCUGAAGACUUGCUUUUAUCAAGACUUUUAUUGUGACUUCUUGAAUUGCCUGCUUCUGAUACAGUGGAAAACUGCAUCAGCUGUGUCUAUCCCUACCAGUGGGUCAGGCUCAGACAAAGCUGUCACUGACAAAAUGAAUGAACAAAAGACACUUACUGUGACUAUGACUUCCUUGUUUUACUAUUUAGUGUCAAAUCCGUUGUGACUUUACCUCCAAAGGAUGUCAACAUGAGGAUUUCAGAUGAAUGUAACAGAUCACAACUCUAUGAUUUAACAGUGGCAUCAGUGCUUUUAGGUGUGUGUGUGUUUGUGUGUGCGCUUGUGCGUGUGUGUGAGUGUGUAACAGUAGAGGUAAUGGGAUGUUGUUCAAAAUGGGGAACCUGAUCACUGUGUCCACCCUGUUGUUAUCCCGAGAUUUUUUGUGUUCAAAUUAAUGUGCUAAAUAAAAUUUCAAGUC